AUGAAAAACAGCAAAGCUUCAACCUUUAAAGUAGACACUAAUAUGGCUUCUGAAGGUUGCCAAUCACCAUCACCUUCAACACCAAUGUCGCCUCUCAACUCAAGUAAAAAGUCAACGACAACGUCUCCUUCAAAAGAAAAUAUUUCUCCUCAAUUUAGAUUACCAACGCCACCCCCUUUACCCAAACAUUUAGAUCCCAAGGAAUAUCCUCUUGCUGAUACUCCAACUCCUCCUGCUUUGAAACGUUUUUGUUUUGAUUUAAAUGGUCAACCAGCUUAUAUUCGUGAGGAUGAAGAUUCAGAACAACAAAUUGUCAAGCUUCAAGAAGCCCUAUAUAAUAUGCGAGCCUCCGGUCCAACCACUUCGACAUCAAAAACUGUUAAAACGAGUUUAAAUCAUCCAACGUUUAAUGAUAAUUACUCGGAAAUGAAAACUACAAGUACUGUUUCUCGUAAAAGACCCGCUUCACCUGUUGAGCCUUCUUCAUCAUACGAUUUCCCUACUUCAACUUCCAGCCAGCAACUGUCAAAUAACUGCAACGGUUCGCUUUCUCAUAGUUCUUUAUCUCCACCACAUAAGAAAGUUCGUGCAAAGGCUGUCGGAAAUUUACCGGAACAAGAAAGCGAGCUGGUCUCACCACAGCAAUUGAUGGAUUACGAUCCUCGUACUCCCAGUUCUAAUCAAGUAAAUAUACUGAGAACUCCCAUGAACAAAAUUCAGGAAGCUUCACCUUCGAUCAUCCCGAUGACUCUUCAACCAAUUCCUUCUACCAUUUCAACUUCAAGACAUUAUAAUAAUAAUACUAUUUCAUCAUCGAACCUUGGCAUGGAUACUCCAUCGACUACAAGAAGUACUCAUUCUUCGGCUUUACCAUCGCCAUCCCUGUCUCCUAUUGCUGGAGUUGCAACUACAAUGAACCAUCCUGAUAGUUGGAAUUUACAACAAUCAAACAAUUUCAUGACUAAUUCAACUCAUUCUCCUAACCUUUGGGAUUUGAAUACCAUGUUGGCGACAUUCGAUGCCUUACCAUCGUCAAUGAAAUCUUACAUGCUUUUUCAACUUCUUAGACGUUGUCCUACCAACACACUUCAAUACGUCAGCAAUAUUAUCUUACCUGCAUUAAGAAAGGAUUUUGUUGGGAUGCUUCCUAUCGAACUUAGUUUACAUAUAGUAAAAUAUUUAGAUGCCGAUAGUAUGUGUAAAGCGGCUCAAGUAAAUAAAAGGUGGAGAAAUGUAAUAGAUGGAGAUAGUCUAACGUGGCAACGUCGUCUUAUGAUGGAUGGUUUUGGUGUUGAUGAAUCGGAAGAACAACGUGCCAUUUCCGAAAAUUGGGGACUUUUACGUCCAAUAAAUUGUUCACAUAAUAGAAGUAGGCAUCUGGAAGGUACCAAUAACAAUCACGAAAGUGAUUCUCACACGCUCUCACCAACAGGUACUGAUGAACCUUCUUCUUCAACAGGUGCCAGCUCUUCAUUAUUUGAUAAAGACUACUCUUCAUCACAAGAUAAAGGAAAAGCCAGGGCUGAUGGGGAUUGGAAUAGUUAUAGUGUGGAUGAACAAGAACCUCAUCAAGAUGAUGAUCGAGACCGACCUUAUGAUGGAGACGAUAGCGAUGUUGAUGCAAUGUCUCAAGAAAGUAGUGACCGCGCCGAACUUUCCGAAGAAAGGCUCCCGCUAUCAUCCUCGGCCGAUCAUCCUUAUAAAGCCAUCUAUCGUCGUCAUUACCUUAUGCGACAAAAUUGGCUUCAUGGACGUCAUAAACAUAUCUCAUUUCCCGGUCAUGGAAAUAAUGUCGUUACAUGUCUACAGUUUGAUUCCGAGAAUAUCAUUUCAGGUUCUGAUGAUCAGUGCAUCAAUGUUUACGAAACUUCCACCGGUAGAUUGAUUAAUCGACUUGUUGGCCAUGAUGGAGGCGUAUGGGCACUACAAUAUGUAAACAAAACGUUGGUAUCAGGUUCUACAGAUCGUACUGUGCGCGUAUGGAAUCUUGAAACUGGUGCAUGUACUCAUGUAUUCCCAGGACAUACCAGUACGGUUCGUUGCCUUCAAAUAAUAAUGCCGCAAAAUGUUAAUACUAAUCCCAAUGAUAAACCAAUUGUGGAGCCACCGAUUCCGCUGAUUGUUACCGGCUCAAGAGAUUCGACUUUGAAGGUUUGGCGUCUUCCGAACCUUGAAACAGAUCAACCAUUUCAACCUGCCAUCCCUUCGUCACCUACCGAUAAUACACAGUAUGCUGAUAAUCCCUAUUAUAUACGUACGCUUUCCGGACAUUCCCAUUCUGUCCGUGCUUUAGCGGGUGUUGGCAACACUUUAGUUAGUGGUAGUUAUGAUUGUACGGUUAGAGUAUGGAACAUUAUGAGCGGUGAUUGUGUUUGGCGAUUACACGGACAUACACAGAAAGUGUAUUCCGUUGUACUGGAUGCUAAACGCAAAAGAUGUAUGAGUGGUAGUAUGGACGGUACUGUAAAGGUUUGGAAUUUAGAGGAUGGAACGAAUAUAUGGACAUUGGAAGGUAAAUUUACUUGUCUUGCCAUAAAAAGUAAUGUCCCUCGUUCACAAAAGUCCUUGUAUAUUAAUGUCGAUGUUAUUUCCUUAAUAGGACACUCUUCUCUUGUCGGUCUUCUUGAUCUUUCACACGAUUAUCUUGUCUCAGCAGCUGCUGAUUCGAGUCUUCGUAUUUGGAAUCCGGAUGAUGGUACGUGCAAACACGUUUUAACUACACAUACUGGCGCAAUAACGUGCUUUCAACAUGACGAGAGUAAGGUCAUUUCGGGUUCAGAUGGUACCCUUCGCAUGUGGGACGUUAAGACUGGACGUCACGUGCGUGAUUUAUUGACCGGGUUAAGCGGUGUAUGGCAAGUUAGAUUUGAUGAACGCAGAUGUGUGGCCGCAGUUCAAAGAAAUUCAGUGACAUGGUUCGAAGUUUUAGAUUUUGGUAUAUACGGAAUUGAAGACGAUGAUGGUUCACAUGAGAAUAAUUGUAUAGAUGAAAGUGGCAAUUGGAUUGACAGAAGAAUAGUUGUGGGAUACAAUGGUAGUAGUGAGGAAUAA